GUUUGUGUCCGUGUCUCCGUCGCUUAGUUAGGUUUACGUCUUCUUCUAGCUAAUAAUCUCCGCCGCUUCUCUGGUUGUGGAGUGUUCGGAAACUGAAUACAGUGAAAUGACUCCGAAGACAUAGAUUGUGAAUGCGUAGAUCCAUCGCGACUGGGUUUGCGUCGAUAGCCAAACGGUUUCUUCUACAUAAGCAUCAUCGUCUACAUAUAAUAGGUAACCACAGAACCGCUCCUUUCUGUUUCUGGAUUCGAGCUUUCUCUAAUUACCGAAAGAUUUGGAGAGAUGAUCUUAACUUUAGCGAGGCUCUUGAUUUGUUCACUCGUAUGGUUCACUCUCGUCCUCUUCCUUCAAUUUCCGAAUUCACUAGAUUACUCAGCGUUAUCGCGAAGAUGAGAAGGUACGACGCUGUGAUCUCUCUCUUCGAUCAAAUCCGAAUUCUGGGAAUCUCGCCUGUUCUGUAUACCUGCAACAUCGUUAUGAACUGUGUUUGUCUAUCUACUCAGCCUCUUCGUGCUUCGUCGUUCCUUGGGAAGAUGAUGAAACUUGGCAUUGAGCCUGACUUGUUCACGUUUACUUCUCUUGUUAAUGGUUACUGUCAUUGGAAGAGGAUUGAGGAAGCUAUAGCUUUGUUUGAUGAGAUUGUGGAAAUGGGGUUUAGGCCUAACGUUGUGACAUACACAACGUUGAUUCACUGUCUUUGUAGAAACAGACAUGUGAACCACGCGAUGGAGGUUUUUAACCACAUGGGGGCUAAUGGGAUUCAACCGAACGUUGUUACCUACAAUGCUCUGGUGAGCGGUCUUUGCGAGAUUGGUAGAUGGAGUGACGCUGCUUGGCUGUUUAGAGAUAUGAUGGAGAGGAACAUUGAACCUAAUUUAAUCACUUUCACUGCAUUGAUCUAUGCGUUUGUGAAAGUAGGGAAGCUUUACGAGGCUGAAGAGCUUUACAAGGUGAUGAUAAGGUUGUCUAUAGAUCCUGAUGUUUUCACUUACAGUUCACUGAUUAAGGGGCUUUGUAUGUAUGGUCGUCUAGAUGAGGCUAGGAGAAUGCUUUAUUUGAUGAAAAGCAAUGGUUGCUACCCAAAUGAAGUGACUUAUACUACUCUCAUACAUGGGUUUUGCAAGUCUAAGAGGGUAGAGGACGGGACCAAAAUCUUCUGUGAGAUGUACCAGAAAGGAUUAGUUGUGAACGCAAUCACUUACACCGUUCUUAUUCAGGGUUAUUGUCUAGUGGGAAGACCUGAUGUUGCGCAAGAAAUUUUCAGUCAGAUGGGUUCUCGUGGUGCGCCUCCUGAUAUUAGGACCUACAACGUUUUGUUAGAUGGUCUAUGUUAUAACGGGAACGUAGGGAAAGCAUUGAUGAUAUUCGAAUACAUGCGGAAGAGAGAGAUGGAUAUUAGUAUUGUUACGUACACUAUCAUUAUUCAAGGGAUGUGCAAGGUUGGUAAGGUGGAAGCUGCUUUUGAUUUAUUUUGUAGCCUUUUCUCCAAAGGAAUGAAGCCUAAUGUUAUUACCUACACCACAAUGAUAUCGGGAUUUUGUAGGCAAGGCUUUAUUCAUGAAGCUGAUGCGCUGUUUAAGAAAAUGAUAGAAGAUGGGUUCUCGCCAAAUGAAAGCGUGUAUAAGUAGGUGAUGCCACCGUAAGCUGAACUCAUGAGGAGUUAAGGACCUAAGGUUACUUCGAUGGUUUUGAUCUCAAGCAUAUGAGUUCUAUGACGGUGCAGUUGCAGUUUGGGGAGAGCUAACGCAGCUGCUCAAGAAAUAUUGGGUGAAAAUGGGAUGAAACAGCGAGAGAGGCGAGAGCCUCGAGAAUCGAAUCCAUAAAAAUCUCACUUUUGCAACACAGGUGCAAUAAAAUGUUGUCGUACCUCGUCCCGUCUGCUACAUAGGUUGUGUAAUGAUAUAUUUACUAGGAGAUGUCAUCUUCACAGGUAUUUGUUGUUGAAGGUUCUUUCCAUCUUUGAGAUUCCGCAUCGAACCAGAGUUAUGCGUUAGAUAACUCAAGUCUCUGUUGACUUAAGCUUGAAGAAUACUUGAGUCAUAAGGAAUCCUAAUCCUACCAAGUUGUGGUUUAUAAAGGAUUAGGAUAAUGACAAGUUAUAUUUAGGAGAUAUCUAAAUAUACAAACUCUAAUAGGAAUAGGUUUUGGUGUUUGAGUUCUCUAUAUAAGGAGAUGCCAAUGUGUGGCAUAACUUAAGAGGUUUUAGAGAGAACAAGAACAAGCUUUAGGUUUUGAGAGAGUUUCCUAAAGAUCAAUAAAAGAGAGUGAUUCUUUUAAA